UAGCUUAGAUAGCUUGCUAUACAAUUCAGUAAGCUCAUCAAUCCUGUCUCUUUUUCUACGUCAACCCUGGCCGAACAUGAAAGAGCACUCGGCUCAGAAACAAGCAAAAGACAACCAUGCCAAUUCCACACCUCUUCUCCCUUGAAAAUCGCACCGCUCUGGUGACGGGUGGUACUCGCGGUAUCGGUGCCCAAAUGGCCAUUGCAUUGGCCGAAGUAGGUGCCGAUAUCAUUCUCGUUCAGAGAGACACAUCAAAUCAACAGACAAAACAGAUAAUCGAAUCACUAGGCCGCAAAUCAUUCAUCUACACAGCCGACCUGGCCUCUCGCGAAGAUGUAUCUGGUCUGACCAAGAAAGUUCUUGCGGAUGGUCACGAUAUUUCGAUUCUUGUGACCUGUGCCGGUAUUCAAAGAAGACAUCCCGCUGAGAAAUUUCCGGAUAGUGAUUGGGAUGAGGUCCUCCAAGUCAAUCUAACAACAGUCUUCACCCUCUGCCGCGACAUAGGCGCUUACAUGCUUACUCGCCCACCCUUCCCAGGCACAGAAUCCUCUUCCCCCGGCGGCGGAUACAGAGGCAGUAUCAUCAACGUAGCCUCUCUCGUCUCCUUCCAGGGAGGCAUCACCGUUCCAGCCUACGCCAGCGCCAAGGGCGGAAUUGCGCAACUCACAAAGGCAUUAUCGAACGAAUGGGCUAGUAAAGGGGUAAAUGUAAACGCGAUUGCGCCGGGAUAUGUUGCUACAGAUAUGAAUGAGGCGCUUAUCAAUAAUCCGCAGAGGGCGGAGCAGAUUCUUGUGAGGAUUCCGGCGGGGAGAUGGGGGACUCCGGAGGAUUUUAAGGGGCCAACGGUAUUUUUGGCGGGGAAGGCGAGUUUGUAUGUUUCGGGGGAGAUAUUGACUGUUGAUGGGGGGUGGAUGGGAAGGUGAUUCUCUUUAGUACCUUGGGUGUCGAGUUGUUUACGAUAUGCUCGAGGAACGAUGUGAGUAGCGACUCGAUUGAAU